AUGUUUGGCUCAUUAACAAAGUUUUUAGUAAAAUCGCCAGAACCGGAAAGUAGUUGUAGUAGCCAAUUAAAUCCAAUUGAUGAUUUGUUUUGCGAUGAAAAUGAAAAUGAAUUAUCUGUCGAAAAUGAAAAGGCUAAUGACAAUACUAGUAGUACCGACGAAAUGGAAUCAGAAGAUAAUAAGGAUAUCGAUCUAUACAAUACCGAUACCGCUGAAAUUGAUAAAGCAUAUUGCUAUGUGUAUGGAUUUAAA